GCAGCCAUGUCGCGACCGGUGGCGCGCAGACGCCCGUUGGCAGGGGCCGAGGGGGAAGCCCCCGCGGGAGCCCCCGCGCCCGGCGAUGCGGAGCGGGGCAUGGCGGCGCCGGGCCCCAGCCCCUGGCUGCGCCUGCUGGCCGCGGCCUUCUACGGCCUCAGCUCCUUCCUCAUCGUCGUCGUCAACAAGAGCGUCCUCACCACCUACGGGUUCCCCUCCUCCCUGUGUGUGGGGCUGGGUCAGAUGCUGGCGACGGUGGUGGUGCUGUGGGUGGGCAAGGUGGUGAGGGUGGUCAAGUUCCCUGACCUCGACAGGCAUGUCCCACGGCGGACGUUUCCUCUACCUCUUCUGUAUUUUGGGAACCAGAUCACAGGACUCUUCAGCACAAAGAAACUGAACUUGCCCAUGUUCACUGUCCUGCGGAGGUUUUCCAUCCUGUUUACAAUGUUUGCCGAAGGAUUCUUACUCAAGAAGAAGUUUUCCUGGAGCGUUCAGAUGACAGUAUUUGCCAUGAUCAUCGGCGCCUUCAUAGCUGCUAGUGCUGACUUGGCAUUCGACCUGGAGGGAUAUAUUUUUAUCCUGAUCAACGACGCCUUAACGGCUGCAAACGGUGCCUAUGUGAAACAGAAGCUGGAUUCAAAGGAGCUGGGCAAGUAUGGGCUGCUGUACUACAAUGCACUGUUCAUGGUCCUGCCCACCUUGACCAUUGCCUACUUCACCGGAGACGCGCAGAAGGCAAUGGAGUACCAGGGCUGGGCAGACCUGUUCUUCAUUGUGCAGUUCACACUGUCAUGUGUGAUGGGGUUUAUUUUGAUGUAUUCCAUCGUUCUUUGCACUCAGUAUAAUUCUGCUCUUACAACUACAAUAGUUGGCUGCAUUAAGAAUAUUUUAAUAACCUAUAUUGGGAUGUUUUUUGGAGGAGACUAUAUUUUUACAUGGACAAACUUCAUUGGUCUAAAUAUCAGUAUUGCUGGAAGCCUGGUGUAUUCCUACAUCACCUUCACAGAGGAGCAACUGAACAAACAGUCUGAGGCCGGCAUCAAGAUGGAUAUUAAAGGCAAGAGCUCGGUGUGACCAUGGAGAAGCCCUCUUUUUUGGAAGCAACCCCUUUGCGUUCAGCUGAUCCACGGGCAGAAUGCGGGGAAGAAUCAGAGGUGUCCUGCCACGGAGUACCGGCGAGGCUCUUAAUUUGCACAAUCUUGAUUGCUGCCUUGACAAAUGAUUGGGACAGUGACGUAAUUGCACGGUGAAGAAGACACCUAAUUAGGUCUGAUCAUGAAGAAUUAAGGGAUUUCUAAUCAUGCUGAGAUUUGGCCACCACAGGUGUCCACGUUGGAAUGGUGGAGGGCUGUGGAGGCUCCAAGCCUGGAAGUGUUCCCAGCCAGGUUGGAUGGGGCUUGGAGCAACCUGGUCUAGUAGAAGGUGUUGGAAUGGGGUUGGCAUGAGAUGAUCUUUUGAGGUCUCCUCCAAUCCAGCUCAGUCUGUGAUGCUGGCUGUGCCAUCCUUGGCUGCAUCUCAUCUUGGCUGGGCUGGCUCUGCUCCAUGUGCCUGUCCCCCAGCCUGCUCCCUUCAGCACAGGAAGGUGAGACCAAGGUGCUUGGUAUGAGUCCUGCCCCAAGGGGAAUGGAGCAGGGUGGGGUAGCUGCACCCAUGCAGCUCAGCCAUGGUGAGUGCUGUUGUUCCCCCAGCAGAGCCACUUCUGCAAGGUUGGCCUUGAUGUUGGAGGUCUCUUCCAACUGAAACAAUUCUGCUUUGGGCCAAAACCUCCUUGUUGAAUGCACAGUGCUCUCAGAACUUCAAUUCUUAGUUAUUUUGGGGGUUCUUUCUGUUCUGCUAACCUACUUUUCAAGCUGGCUUUACCCUUCUAAGAGCCCUGUAAACAUUCAUCCCUCUUUCCCAACCUGAGGCUGCUUUUACAAGGCUCAAGGAUGUUCCCUCCAUGAAGGUUCCACCUACCACUGGUGAGCUUGGCAGGGUCACAGCCUCGUAGAAGAAACCUUUGUGUUUGGGAAUGCUGUUGGCUGUGCUGGGGCUGGCCCUAGGCAGAGGCUCUUUGGAGCCAAGAGGGAGUAGUGUGUGGUUUCCAGGGAGCUGAUGUUGCCCCACCUCCUUCCUCAGCUGCCACACCUGCCCCUCCAACCCCCUUCCCACCCAUCCUGGGAACUCAGGUUGCCUUGUUUUGGGGAACUGGUGGAGUGGGUGGCUGCGUGGGUGCUGCCACCUGGCCCCACAGCUCUAUGUGC